AUGACGGACGCCAAAGAGAACCUCAAUGCGGCCUUUGACCCCUCCGGCAGCGGUCUGGCCCCGGACAUUCUCGGGGUGCUCGAGUCGACGCUGAGGCUGCACUCCCUCACGGCCGACGAACUGUUCAUCAAGUGGGAGGUCUACUGCCUGAAGAUGGGCAGCGAGGAGACCAAACUCGACCUGGAGACCGCGCGCAUGUUUGCCAAGGACGUCCAGGACGGCGUCGAGCGAGGAGACGGCAGGGCGCAGCAGCAGGCGAACUCCAACAAGUUCGCUCCCAGGUCCGACAGAAAGAGCGCAGUCCACGCGACUCCCAGGGCGGUUGGGACCGGCGACGUCUUCGGAAUGCUUGACGAACUCACGCCCAACACCAUCGGUCGGCGAAGCGGCAGCAUCAAGAGGAAGGCGGACUUCGACUCGCCUGUGCCCAAGAAGAUCAACAGGCCAGAUACGAACAAGACGCCGGGCAAGGCUGGCAAGGUAGAUCUUGGACCUUCUAGUGUGCCUUUCGUGGAGCGGCAGAAUGCAGGACAGAUCAUCGAGACGUUAAACGACCACCUCCCGCAGGCCGAGGCGCCGCUGGCGCCCUUCUCAGAAGCACGACUACGACUGAUCUCUCGGACAGAUUUCAAAAAAUUUGCAUACAAGCCCAUGUCCAUGCGUCUCUCAGACGCGUCUGAGAUCCUCGACGAGCGCAUCGAUGACUUUUUGUCUCUGGUCCAAAAACACCAUAACCUCGACGACUCUGCGUUUGGAAAUGCCGCGGCGCAAAGCACGAGCGAAAUCAUUGCCGUGGGACGCAUCGCGUCAGACACGUCCGAGGGGAAACUCAACUCUGCGUCUCUCGUGCUCGAGAUGUCCCGCCGCAUGGGCGCCGGCCUGCGAGUCCCCUUGAAAGUGGACGCAUUGCCUUCAUACCAGUUUUUCCCCGGCCAGAUUGUGGCCCUGAAGGGCACCAACGCCUCGGGUCUGUACUUUACAGUCAAGGAAGUGCUUUCCCUCCCCAAACUACCCAUGCCAUCGUCGACGCCGAACGACAUCACCACCGUAAACGAGCGCCUAGACGUCAGCGAGGACUCCUCCUCUGCUUCUUCCUCCUUACCACUGAAUAUAAUGCUCUCCUCGGGCCCCUACACAGCCGACGACAAUCUCGACUUCGAGCCGUUCCAGGCACUGUGUGAAAAGGCAGCAGAGAACAUGGCUGACGCCCUCAUCCUGACCGGUCCGUUUCUGGACAUUGAGCACCCCCUGCUUGCGAGCGGCGACUUUGAUUUCCCAGCAGAGACGCGGGGCCUGGAUCAUGACGCGAGCAUGGCUGUUCUUUUUCGGACUUUGAUCUCGCCGCACCUGCAGCGUCUGUGUGCCGCAGUCCCUAGCAUCUCGGUGCUCGUAGUGCCCAGUGUGCGCGACGCCGUGAGUAAGCACGUCUCCUGGCCUCAAGAGAGACUGGCCAAGAAGGAACUACACCUGCCGAAGCAGGUUACCAUGCUUCCCAAUCCGUGCUUUGUGAGCUUGAACGAGACGGUGUUUGCCAUCAGUUCUCAGGAUGUCCUUUUCGAGCUGAGCCGCGAGCAAAUCUCGCAUGGCCUAGAGGGCGUGGGGAGCGAUCUGCUCAGUCGGCUCCCUGGCUGUUUGAUCGAUCAGAGGCACUUCUUCCCUUUGUUCCCACCGAUGAAGAGGGCCAACGGCGCGACCGGCGCCUGUUUGGACAUGGGCUAUUUCAAGCUCGGGGAGUGGAUGCACGUUAAGCCUGACGUGCUCAUACUACCCAGUCUGGUCACGGCUAGUGUCAAGGUUGUCGACAGCGUCAUGGUCCUUAACCCGGGUCAACUAUCCAAGCGGAAAGCCCCCGGGACUUAUGCGCAGAUUUCAUUGCAGCCGAGAAUAUUGAGUGACGAAGAAAAGGAGGCGAAGAAUGUUGUGCAUAAUAUUUUUGAACGUGCGAGGGUCGAUGUCGUCAGGAUAUAA